AUGAGUUCCAUGGUUUGGGGCGUUGCCCCCUGGUGGGGCCCGCCACCUCCCGCCCCAGCCCGACCGCUCACAGACAUAGACUUCUGCUCGGGGGCGCAACUUCAGGAACUGACCCAGCUGAUCCAGGAGCUAGGAGUGCAGGAGAACUGGAGUAACGGACCUCAGCCAGGCCCAGACCUCCUUCAGGCCAAGGACUUUGUUUUCUCUUUGCUGGGUCUGAUUCACCGCAGAGACCCCCGCUUUCCUCCUCAGGCAGAACUCUUGCUGCUUCGUGGUGGGAUUCGCGAGGGUUCCCUAGAUCUAGGGCCGGCUCCCCUGGGUCCCUACACCCGCGGACCGCACUACGACGCCGGCUUCACGCUCUUGGUGCCGGUGUUUUCGUUGGAUGGCACGGGGCCGGAGCUGCAACUGGACCAGGACUCAGGUUCCGUGUGGCUCCGCCUCCCAGAGCUAUUGCGCGGGAGCGCGGUCCGCGAGGCAUGGCUGGACUGCCUGGGACCCCCGGUCUUAGGAGGAAGUGCCUCCACCCACCAAAACCAGAACGAAGGCGAUGCCAAAGAUCCACCAAGCUCUGCAGAUGACCUGCACAGUGACGUCCCUGAGCUCGAGCUGCAGGUGUCUCGGGAAAAACCACCUCCUGACGUUUCAGGGCCCGAGCCGCCUCGGCGUGACGUCACCGAUCUUGGUUCUCCCGCACCACUGGAAACACUGCAUGGUGACUUUACCAAGCCCGCCGUCCAAAGCCAGGCCUUGAAUCCGCCCGAGGCGCAGGAAGAGUGGCCCACAUUAUGUCCCACCCAAGUGGCAGCCUGGUUCUUUGCGUCGCUGGCCACUGUCGCCGAGGCCCUGAUUCCGAUCCCUAGUGCCCCGCGGCUAGUGCACGCAGCGCGCCACGCGGGGUUCACCACGGUCCUCCUGGCCACUCCGGGGCCUCCGCGCCAUCUCCUGCUUUUCGAUUUGAUCCCUGUGGUGUCUGUGGCCGGCUGGCCCGAAGGAGCUCGUAGCCACUCCUGGGCGGGCCCGAUGGCCCCGGAGCCGGCCUCCUUCUACCUGGUGCCCGGUGGCAGCACCGAGCGACCAGGGUCCUCGGGCUGGCAGCUCUGCUUUGCCCGCCAGGAGCUGGCGCUCAAGGUGCGCGUACCGGAGCCGCUGCUGCAGGCACACGCCGCAGCCCAGGCGCUGCUGCGCCCCCUGGUGGCGGGGACCCGAAGUGCGGCACCCUACCUGCUGCGGACAUUGCUCUACUGCGCGUGCGAGCGGCUCCCCGCGCUUUACCUGGCGCGGCCGGAGAACGCAGGGGCCUGUUGCCUCGGGCUGCUGGACGAGCUGGUCCGCGUGCUCGAAGCUGGGGUGCUGCCUCACUAUUUUAUGAACGACCGGAAACUCCAUGCGGGGGACAACGCUGCUGCCCUGCUGGGGGCGCUGGCCCGGCUCCGGGGGGACCCUGCAGGGGCCUUGCGCGCAGCAGUAGAGGAAGCUAAGGCUGCUCGCAAAGGGGGAGGCUUAGCCGGGGUCUGGGGCGGGGCACAUUAA